AUGACGAUUGAAUCAGAAGACAUAUCUAGUGUUCAGAGUGCUUCGAUAAAUUCAUUGAGCCGCGAAAGCAUGGGUAGCACGAAACCAGAUGUUCGUGUGAUCGAUCCAGUCCAAAUGCUGGGAAAGGAGAAAGGUGGGAAAAGCGCUAGCCAACGGUCAGCUGCUGCAGACAGUCAUGAAGAAGCACCACCUCCUGUGAAAGAUAGGAUGAAGCAUGCUGUGAAGGAAGAAGCGCGCAAAAAUGCAAACACUGAGCAAAAAGCAGUUGGUCUUGAAGAUGAAAAAUUGCAGGCAAAAACACGCAGAGGCGGGCAAACCAAACGUAAAAUAUCUACACGUGAAAACGCAGAACCGAAGCCGACUGCGGCUGCACGUGAAGAAGCAUCGGAAAUGAAGCGGAGUACUGUUGCACGUGAAGUGAACGGAACCGGGCGGCGUGCAGGCCUACGUGGGAAUGCAAAAACAAGCCAGGCUUCACGCGGUGAUGCAGAAGCCAAUCUGCCAGGGAAUGCACGUGAAGGUGCAGAAAUCAGACCGGAAUUGCGUGACGACCCGGAAGCGGAAUUGCAUGCAAACGUCAAACAACAAGCUGAAACACAAGAAAACAAACCUCUUAAGCAGAAAGAUGAGGUAUUUUUUUUUCUUGAAAUAAUAUACUUUCAAUGGUCUCAGCCGUAG